AUGAUCAAGAUGGGUGAAACAAAGCCAACGUAUGAGGUUGAUCUCGACAAACUGAUUGGCAAUCUGAAAGAAAAUAUCCACACACCUGGGGUACGCGUACCGAUAAGCGAACUGGAAUGCAUAGCCUUAUGCUGUUUGGUAAAACCGAUUUUCCAAAGCGAAAGUAUGCUUAUUCGUAUCCAAGCUCCGAUCAAAGUUUGUGGAGAUAUCCACGGACAAUUUUACGACCUCCUUCGCUUAUUUGACUUAUGUGAAUACCCACCCAGAUCCAGAUACUUGUUUCUUGGUGACUACGUGGAUCGUGGGCAGCAAUCUGUGGAAACUUUGUGUCUCCUUUUUGCAUACAAAAUUAAGUAUCCUCGUGGGUUUUAUAUGCUCCGAGGUAACCACGAAAGCGAACUGAUAAAUCGAGUCUACGGAUUUCGCGAUGAGUUGAAAGAGCGCUUUGGUAAACCAAAAAUUCACAAACACUUUGUUUCGGUGUUCAACGUUAUGCCUGUGGCCGCAGUGAUUGAAAACAGCAUAUUCUGCUGUCACGGUGGACUGUCUCCCGAUCUGAUGCCUGAGGUCCAUAAACCACUGGACGUUCUCAUCAAUCACAUUCAACGUCCCACUGAAAUACCUCGACAGGGAUUACUUUGUGACUUGGUUUGGUCUGAUCCGGCUGACUACACGCAGGCUGGUGACUUACCCGUCGGAUGGCUUCCAAGUGCUCGUGGUUGCGCUUACAAUUUCGGAGUCGAUGUAAUCAACGCAUUCCUAGACACGUAUGAGUUGGACCUUGUGGUACGCGCUCAUCAGGUGGUAGAGGAUGGCUACGAAUUCUACUAUGAGAACAGGUUGAUAACCUUAUUCUCCGCACCAAACUACUGCAAUCAGUUUCAGAAUUCCGGUGGCGUGUUUGUCGUGCGCAAAGCCGAUGAGGUGUUCGGUACAUUGGAAGGUGGAUUUGAGGUGAUACGCCCCGACACACGAUACCAGUUUAAUUACUACACCCGCAAGCAUCAUGUGGACGCACAGGAUUAA